CACGCGCCGCAUGCAAGAGAGAAGAAGCAGACCAAGAAGACGCAGACAGUCGGGUUCGGGCCAAGAAACGCGGUGGACCAUGCGGUUUAACUCCAGUUCUCCUCUUGGCUACACGUGACACGAAAGCCUCGCUGUGGCUUCCAUGAACUUCUAUCGAAGAAGCACUUUCAAUUACUUUACUAUAGCUUCAACGAGCUGAUAUUCAAGCUUUCAUUUACAAAUGUGAAGUUUUCAGUGUGGCGAAGCUCUUUUUAUCAGUUUUUAUGUUUGUUUUGUUGUUGUUUGAAAAAGUGCCGUAGUAUGAAGAUAAAGUUGCAUCCGUAAAAUUUUAACAUUUACUGAACUUGCACAUUUUUUUUCACUAAAGUGAAGUUUGUUCUUUUUAGAUUGGUGGCUCGAUGCCCCGAUCAUGACGUCCAAUGCGAUCAGGGGCAUACGCAGAAAAAAGAGCUCACUUAGCGACGUUAAGGUAGCUGUGAUUGGCGCGCCAGGAGUUGGCAAAAGUGCCUUAACAGUGAGAUUUUUAACCAGAAGAUAUAUCGGCGAAUAUGAUCACCAAUCAGAAACCAAGUACAAACAUGAAGUUCUUGUCGAUGGAGAGCCUAUACUUUUUGAAAUUUUAGACACUUGUCCUAAGAGAGAGGAUGAGCUUCCAUCUUCGGAAACGUUACAGUGGGCUGAUGGAUUGUUGCUUGUAUAUUCAAUAACUGACCGUAGCUCUUUCAACUUCGUACGGAAAGCUAAAGAAGCACUAGCAGUUGCCGAUCCAGAAGCUGCUAUGCCUCUUGCGCUUGUUGGCAAUAAAGCUGACAUGAUUCACCUAAGACAAGUUAGCACAGAGGAAGGAGAAAUUUUAGCUAAAGACUUUGAGUGCUGGUUCAGUGAAGUCAGUGCUGCUGAACAGGUAACUCAAGUUGCGGAAUCCUUCCAUGAAUUAUGCAGAGAAGUUCUUUCAGCUAGAAGGAGAAAUAAACAAUCAUUACUCGACAGAAUGCUUGGUGGCAAAUCUACCAAAGUUUAUUCCAGGGGAAAAAGCGAUUCCGCAUUGCCAAAAGAUUGAUGCCUUUUUUUUUAAUGAAACAAGUAUUCUAGCAAUAUCAAUGGAAUUAGAUAAAUGUUAAGGAUCCUCACAUGAAAUGUCUAUUUUUUGUACUUCCAGAAAAAUGAUUGAGCUAAUAAAAGCUUUUCAGGUUUAUUGAAAUUUA